CUGAGCAGCCCCUGUCUGCCGCUGUCGCCGCCGCAGCUGCCGCUGGCCCGGACUCGCGGGGAGCGCAGGGUGUCUGCCCCGCCGCGCACGGCGGCUCCGGCGCUUGCUGCUUCGCCCUCCAGCCCGCUCCUUGCUCCAGUCCGCACGAGUCCCGGUGGGCGCGAAGCCACCAUGCAGCUGCAGUUCCGGAGCUGGAUGCUGGCUGCGCUCACACUGCUCGUGGUCUUCCUCAUCUUUGCAGACAUCUCGGAGAUCGAAGAAGAAAUCGGGAAUUCUGGAGGCAGAGGUACAAUCAGAUCGGCUGUGAACAACUUACAUAGCAAAUCUAAUAGAGCUGAAGUUGUAAUAAAUGGCUCCUCAUCACCAGCUGUUGUUGACAGAAGUAAUGAGAGCAUUAAACACAACAUCCAGCCGGCCUCAGCCAAGUGGAGGCACAACCAGACGCUGUCUCUGAGGAUCAGGAAACAAAUCUUAAAGUUCUUGGAUGCUGAAAAGGACAUUUCUGUCCUCAAGGGGACGCUGAAGGCCGGAGACAUCAUUCACUACAUCUUCGACAGGGACAGCACAAUGAACGUGUCCCAGAACCUUUACGAGCUCCUCCCCAGAACAUCCCCGCUUAAGAACAAGCACUUCCGGACUUGUGCCAUUGUGGGCAACUCGGGGGUCUUGCUGAACAGCGGCUGUGGCCGGGAGAUCGACACACACAGCUUUGUCAUAAGGUGUAACCUGGCCCCGGUGCAAGAGUACGCCCGGGAUGUGGGGCUGAAGACCGACCUGGUGACCAUGAACCCUUCUGUCAUCCAGCGUGCCUUUGAGGACUUGGUCAACGCCACGUGGCGGGAGAAGCUGCUCCAGCGGCUGCACAGCCUCAAUGGCAGCAUCCUGUGGAUCCCCGCCUUCAUGGCCAGGGGCGGCAAGGAGCGCGUGGAGUGGGUGAACGAGCUCAUCCUGAAGCACCGUGUCAACGUGCGUACUGCAUACCCCUCUCUGCGUCUGCUGCACGCCGUCCGAGGAUACUGGCUAACCAACAAAGUCCACAUCAAAAGACCCACCACUGGCCUCUUGAUGUACACCCUGGCCACACGUUUCUGCAACCAGAUCUACCUCUACGGCUUCUGGCCCUUUCCGCUAGAUCAGAACCAGAACCCCGUCAAGUACCACUAUUACGACAGCCUCAAGUACGGUUACACCUCCCAGGCCAGCCCCCACACCAUGCCCUUGGAGUUCAAGGCCCUCAAGAGCCUGCACGAGCAGGGGGCUUUGAAACUGACUGUCGGCCAGUGUGAUGGGGCCACGUAA